AUGAGUCGCUCGCAGCGAUGUCUUGUUCUCGGCUCUAUCAACUGCGACGAGGUCUUCCAUCUUCCGCACACCAUCAGACCCGGCGAGACUCUUUCGUCGACCGGCAUAUCCAGAUGUCCGGGCGGCAAGGGCGCCAAUCAGGCAUAUGCUGUAGCUAUGGCAGGGGGAGGUGUUGAUAUGCACGGCUGCAUCGGCGUGGAUGGAGUCUGGCUUCGAGAUUUCCUGGGGAAAGCUCAGAUAGGAGUUGAGGGUAUUCGCACUGUGGAGAAUGAGGUGACUGGACGUGCCAUCAUCCUGCUCGCCGACGAUGGAGAAAACAGCAUUGGUAAGUCUCUUGUGGUCCACCGGCUGACGACUGUGCUUUCAAGCGGUGCCAAUGCUCAAUGUGCCUCUCCGUCAUCGCUCGAGGGCUAUUCGCAUGCCCUGUUCCAGAACGAAAUCCCCCUCUCGUCCACUAUCGCUUGCUUGCACGUCGCCGCACCUCAGCACCUCGUCACAGUCUUCAACCCCUCACCGGUGCCCGCGCCAGAAGAGCUCCGGACCUUCCCCUGGCACUGCAUCUCCUGGCUCAUCGUCAACGAGGGCGAGCUGUUCGAUCUCGUAUCCGCGUGUGCUGAAACGAAUACCCCCGCGUAUGACGGCGACGGACACUCGAGCAUACUCGACUUGCAUCACGCCGAGGGCUUUGACGACAUCGGCAUCAUCUGCACGCAAGGUGCUAGGGGUAUCCUCUACUUUCAUCCAACUCUCACUGCCGGUAAAGUCUUGGCCUUACCAGCUGCCGCGCUCGAGAUGGCUCUCGUGGACACGACGGGUGCGGGAGAUUGCUUUGCGGGGACGUUCGUUGCUGGCCUUAUGCGGGGUGAGGGACUGGAAGAUGUGCUCAAGGUCUGCUUGGCUGCCUGCGCCGCGUGUGUCGAGGCACCCGGAGCAAUGGCGAGCUAUGCGAGCUGGGAGGAUAUCAAGCGCCGGUCUGGGCUUUGA